GGGAAUAAGAAAAAAAAAAAAAGAUGUGUGCAGUUUAAUUGUGGACCUGGUAAAUUAUGAUGGAAGAAAAACUUGAACCAGCUGAACAGAUCAAAAUUUUGAAAACCCGAUAGAGACAUAGAGCCACAAGUCUCAGAUUCUCUGUGUGUGUCUUCUACUUGGUUCCUAUUUCACUUCAAACUCCCCAAAAUAUGGCGGUAAUUAGAACCACCACAAGCUUGAUCCUCAAGGAGAUGUUCAGUCACAGGCUACCAUUGUCUUCUUCUUCCUUGUCUACAUCAACCUCGCUCCGUCUAAAGCUUCCCAACUUACAUGGGACCGCCCUGACAUUCACACGCCGCCAAUUCAGCUUCAGCGGGAUUCGAUGCACCGCGUCCGGCGACAACAAGGUAUCGGCCCGGCUGUCUCAGGUACAUCAGCUCCUGCAAGAAGCUGAGGAGCGCGCUAGCUCUGCUGGUAAUGAGCCGACUCCAAAAAUCACUCUUGACCAUGUUACAGUGAAUUUUGCUAGAAGUGGUGGGCCUGGAGGUCAGAAUGUGAAUAAAGUGAACACCAAGGUGGACAUGCGCUUCAGUGUUAAAGAUGCAUACUGGCUAAGUGACAGGAUCAGGGAGAGGAUUAUGCAAAUGGAAAAGAAUCGAAUAAACAAGGAUGGUGAGCUUGUGAUUUCUUCGACAAAGACUAGAACCCAAAAGGGUAACGUUGAAGAUGCUUUAGCAAAGCUGCAGGCCAUCAUUGAUGCUGCUGCUUAUGUUCCUCCUCCUCCUUCAGAAGAGCAAAAGAAGAAAAUUGCCAAAAUGGCUGCUAUAGGGGAGCAGAAACGACUUAAAAGUAAGAAGGCUCUUUCAGACAAGAAGGCUUUUAGAAGAAGUAGGGACAGCUGGGACUAAAUUUUUUCGUUUGUAAGAUAUCAGACUUGCAGCAAUUUGAAGUUAACCAACUGUUUGUUCUUGUCCAUUGUUUCUUGGCGACAAAAUUGUUAUUGCUUCUCUUUAAAUGCAUGUAGGAGUAACUGAAUAACAUUUGCUACUCUUUGACAAGAAAAUCCAUUCAACAAGUAGUGAUUGAAUCAAACUGCACGAUGAAGAGUGAAGACCCCUUCGGAGUGGACUACUGGACAUAAAUUGAUAGUGCUUGUUUGUAGUCCUCGUUAAAAUCAUUUUUCAUCACUAAAUCAGUUGUGAUUAUAGGCUAAUAAACAGAAGUGGUGUACAUACUAAAGUUUUUAUCAGUCGAGACUUGAUAGUUCCAUUUGUUAAACAGUUGCAUAAUACUUGUAAAUUGGUCAACCACGGCUUUCAUAGUCUUAUUUUUAUCAGUUUGAAUACAAAUUUGAUUGUGCUUUA